CGACCCUCACGUGACCGGGAGUCGACGUGUGCAGAAGUCCUUAUAGUGCAAGGCCUGUUUCCCUGAAGCAGCUCCGUAUCGCUGGAGAAGGAGAAGAGGGCUCCAGAUCCUUUCAGGACUCUUGUUUUUUUGCGCGCGACACAAAUCGAGGUGAGGGAAAAUAAAGGAAAACCUCCAGAAUCUCUGCAGGAUUAAUUUAUUCAAAAGGAAAUAAUAAAAAAUACUCAACAUGCAAACGUCUUGUGAAGAAAAUGAAGGAAAAACACAGAAUAUGCCAAAGGUGGAGGAUGACCGUCCUUCGGAAGAUGUGCCACAGGAGGCAGAAGGAAAUCCUCAACCUCCUGAAGAAGGUUUAAGCCAGGAAGCAGAAGGAAAUCCCAGAGGAGGGCCCAUUCAGGCUGGCCAGGGAUUUAAAGAGGACACUCCAGUUAGGCAUUUGGACCCUGAAGAAAUGAUAAGAGGAGUAGAUGAGUUGGAAAGGCUUAGGGAAGAGAUAAGAAGAGUAAGAAACAAGUUUGUGAUGAUGCAUUGGAAGCAAAGACACUCUCGCAGCCGUCCUUACCCUGUGUGCUUUAGGCCUUGAAUUCGUUUUUGCCUGAUAAGAAAAUCUGGCUUUGGCUUUCUUUCUGUUAGCGUUUUCUGAUGUAUCUUUGACCUUCAUUUUACUUUUAAUCAUCUGGUGGAAUUUUGUUUUAGGUAGUUUUCUUGUUACCAGGAUCUCAUUGGAUUUUGGAUUUUGACCCAUUUUCUAGGUCUAAUUUUCAAUUGAGAUGUUUCACACAUAUGCAUGGAAAUAUGCUCAUUCCAUAUUGUAAAGUAAAACAUAACAAGUUACAAAGCAGUAUAUUUAGUAUCAGCUCACAUAUGUAGGUUAAAAUUCCAAAUUGUGUGUGUGUGUGUGUGUGUGUGCAUGUGUGUAUAAAUACAUACAUAUAUAUCAGAAACUUAACCAUGCUUGUUUCUGUGUGUUUUGAAUUUUUUCUUUUUUUUUUUUUGCUUUAUGCUUAUAUGUAUUUUUUAAUGAACUUGUGUCUCACACACAAAAUUAAGUUUUUUUUAUAAGUAAGAGUCAAUGAAAUAAUUUGCAACCAGCUUAUAAAGGGCAAUGGGGGCACCUAAACUUUUAAAUGAAAAAACUAUAAAAAAGAAAAUAAAUGUAAACUCCAAAUUACCUCUGGUUCUUAUAGCUAGAGGAAUAAACUGGCAAUUAUUACAGAUA